AUGGCACCUGAGGAAGAGCAGCUCCACAUCAGAUACGUUGAUCUGAUCGCCAAUAUCGAACAAAACGGGGCAGUCAGCCAUGAUAUUGGCUUUCCACAUUUCCUCUCGACAUUGACAGAUCUGUCCAACAAAGCCGCGAGGAAUUCUGAAGUAUCUUACACUCGCAUUGUCGGGAAUGGUUUCACACUCUCUGACGGCCCGUGGAUGUACCGCAUUACAAAAGAAGAAGACAAACGCGACUGGCAGAUGCUCAGGACUCAUGCCGAUUUCAACCGUAUGAUGGACGAGGUUUUCUGCUCCUGCGAGGAUGUGUGCGUGGAGGCUCAACACUCAUCUAGGCACAUCUCAUCCACCCAAGCAGCAAAGACGCCAAUAGCAUCCUCCAAGAAGGAAGCGCAUUCUUUGGCUCCAGAGCUUACUUCCAAUCAGCGUACAGUCUCACUCAACGAGAUGGCACGUUAUCCAAAGAAUCCCCCGCCUUCUCCUGGAAAAACCCAUCCACCCCAACACCUAGCGGCAGAGUUUACGGAGGAGGCAGAUACUGCGAAGAUGGCCGAGAUGCCAAAGAUGGUUGAAGCUACGGAGAAGAUGGUCCUGAUGCCGAAGAAGAGUGUCGGGAUGCCAAACAAGGAGAUAGUUGAGGCUCCAGUGAAGGUGGUUGAGGCGCCAGAGAAUAUGAAAGAGAUACCGAAGACUACUACAUCAUCUGCUCAAGAAGCAGACACUGCGGAGAAGGUCGGUAUCCCAGUCAAGGCAGAAACUCCCGAAAUCGCUACCCACUUGCCAGUCAAGGUCGUCGAGGCUCCAAAGAACCCAACAAAGUCAUCCAACGAGGCAACCAUUGCAGAGAAGAAUGGGAAGGAGGCAAAGAAGAUUGGAGAGCUGCCAAAGCAGUCCGCAGAACCAAGGAAGGAGGCAGAGAUGGCGAAGGAAACCGAACCAGCGGACUCAAACAAAGCUGCAGAAGAUGGCCCAGAGGUUCCAAAGCAAAUCGGCAAAACUCCCGACAAGGCUACACAAUCCUCUGCUUCGGUUCCAGCAAAAGCUCCAGAAGAGCCCGAAGAGCCAGAGGAGCCAGAGAAACCAUCCGAGUUCGCCAUCUGGGAACAAUAUAGCUGGCCGCCAGUGAUUGUCGACAGCAGCGUCAUCCACGAUAUCCUGCGCGAACAGCGUUUGGAAGACAUCCAGUUCGGCGACGCCCCCAAAGUCGUACCAAUGAAACUUACGAAGGACAAGCCUGCUAAGAAGAACGACGAUGACGACGAUGAUGAUGACGACUAG